UUAUUAUUUUUUUCAAUUCGCUCAUUGAACUAAUUUGGGGAUGAUUUCAGGGUCAUCAUGGCGAUGAAAUCAACGGCAGAUGGGAGGACAAGGAGCUCUAUCCAGAUUUUUGUUGUAGUUGGGUUGUGUUGUUUCUUCUAUAUAUUGGGUGCAUGGCAAAGGAGUGGUUUUGGUAAGGGAGACAGUAUAGCUUUGGCAAUCACGAAAAGUGGAGCAGAUUGCAAUAUUGUCCCUAACUUAAGUUUUGAGACUCAUCAUGGUGGUGAAGUUAGCAAAAUUGACGAGUCUGAAUCAAAAUCCAAAGUGUUUGAAGCAUGCCAUUCUCGUUACACUGAUUACACGCCCUGCCAAGAUCAAAAGCGUGCCAUGACUUUCCCCAGGGAUAACAUGAUUUAUCGAGAGAGACAUUGUCCUCCUGAGGAAGAGAAGUUACAUUGCCUUAUACCAGCACCCAAAGGAUAUGUAACUCCAUUUCCAUGGCCCAAGAGUCGUGACUAUGUACCCUAUGCAAAUGCACCAUACAAGAGCUUGACAGUUGAGAAGGCUAUUCAGAAUUGGGUGCAGUACGAAGGCAAUGUAUUUAGGUUUCCUGGUGGAGGAACUCAGUUUCCUCAAGGUGCAGAUAAGUAUAUUGAUCAGCUUGCAGCAGUGAUACCAAUGGCAAAUGGAACUGUCAGAACCGCACUGGAUACUGGCUGUGGGGUUGCAAGUUGGGGUGCAUACCUCUGGAGCAGAAAUGUCAUAGCCAUGUCAUUUGCACCAAGAGACUCACAUGAAGCGCAGGUCCAAUUUGCUCUUGAGAGGGGUGUUCCUGCAGUUGUUGGUGUUCUUGGUACAAUUAAGUUGCCAUAUCCAUCUAGGGCCUUUGACAUGGCUCACUGUUCUCGUUGUUUAAUUCCAUGGGGUGCAAAUGAUGGAAUAUACCUGAUGGAAGUCGACCGUGUUCUCAGACCUGGUGGUUAUUGGGUGCUUUCGGGUCCUCCAAUCAAUUGGAAGAUUAAUUACAAGGCAUGGCAGCGCCCCAAGGAGGAACUUCAGCAGGAGCAGCUUUUUGCUGUCCUCCUAGAAAUUGCUAGUGGAUCUGUUCCUGGAGUUUCUGUUGAGGAGUACGAAGAGGAUAACAAGAACUGGAAGAAGCAUGUGAACGCUUAUAAGAAAAUCAAUAGACUACUUGAUACAGGCAGAUAUCGCAAUAUUAUGGAUAUGAAUGCAGGAUUGGGAGGAUUUGCUGCGAUACUCACCUCACCAAAAUUGUGGGUUAUGAAUGUUGUGCCCACUAUAGCUGAGCAAAAGACAUUGGGAGUCAUAUACGAGCGAGGGUUGAUUGGCAUAUAUCAUGACUGGUGUGAGGGUUUCUCCACAUACCCAAGGACAUACGACCUUAUCCACGCCAAUGGUGUUUUCAGUUUAUACAAGGACAAGUGUAAUGCGGAGGAUAUUCUUUUGGAGAUGGAUCGGAUUCUACGUCCAGAAGGUGCAGUUAUAUUCCGGGAUGAGGUUGACGCGUUAAUGAAGGUGAAGAAGAUUGUUGCAGGAAUGAGGUGGGAUACUAAAAUGGUGGAUCACGAGGAUGGUCCUCUAGUUCCCGAGAAGAUUUUGGUUGCUGUCAAGCAAUACUGGGUUGGAAACGCAACAUCAGCGAAGUGAAGAUGAGGUAGAAAGGGUCAAAACCCUCAGUGAUUCGGAGCUGGCUUCUCUCUGCUUGGGAAUCCUGACCUAAAUUUUGUAUCAGCAGGAGGAUAUAUUUGCUCCAUGAGUUCUUCAACAGAGGGGGGGUGGUUCAGAGGAACAACAGUUUAUGUUUAACAAACCAAUUUUUUAUGGGCUCAUGUUCUGUGGUAGUGUUUUACAGUGGAUAAGAGCUGUAAAACUUACUACCCUCCUGUUAAAAGGCUAAUAUUAUUAUUAUAUCAUCAUUCAAUUUUUUUUUGCCCUCUUUAGUUUUUUGUUGCAUGUUAUGUCCUCCAAUACUCAUCCAAAUACUGCCUCAAGAGCUACUAUUCAAUUUUGUAUUUGAUGAGUGCUAGGUAUCUUAAAUUGGUUCCUGUA